CACACGCACGUCUCUUCCGUGAUCUCGUCCUGUGAACGCGCCUGAGUCUCGUGCUGCAGUAUAAUAAACGAGCUGCAGCAGAAUACCCUGUGGACGUGAACAUGGCUGCAGAUGUGGACACGGUCGCGAGCGGACUCGGUCUCUUGGUUAAUUUAGGUCAAGUUCUUCUGCAGGAAGCUCAGAAGGACGCAGCAGCCUCAUUGGAGACUUUCGUCCCCGGGAAGAUCAGCACGUUAUUCGGCCUGAUCACCGCAGCAGCAGACUUCCACACGAGCCUCGGAGUGAAGAAGAAGAGUGAAGCAGAGGCCAUCUGGCAGAAGUUUUAUCACCAUGCAGCAGUGAGGGAGAAGGUGGACGAGCUUCUGCAGCUGGAGAGUGAGUGGGACACCUUCCUGGAGGGCGUGGACAAAGAUCUGCAGACCACAGACCGACAGCUCUCAGGAGUGAAGACCCCCGACAGUCUGAGCCCCGACGUUACGUUUACUGACGCGCGGAGCGGAAAGAGCGUGACUCUGGGCGAGUACCUGGGUCAGAAGCUGCUGCUGGUUCUCAUCAGACAUGUCGGAUGACUGCCGUGACGGGACCACGUGGCUGAGCUGGAGGCCAGACAGGCUGACCUGGAGGCUCGCUCACUACGGGUCCUGGUCGUUUCUUUCAGCAGCUCAGAGGGAGCUCGGCUGUGGCUCGAACAGACGGGAUGUAACUUUGACAUGAUGCUGGAUCCACAGAGAGAGAUCUACAGGAGAUUUGGCCUCGGCUCGUCCUACGCCAAGGUUCUGAAGUUCGGCUUCCUGCUGCAGUACUCACAUUACAGAGCUGAGGACAUAGACGUCCCCGACAUCCCCCCUUGCCUGCUGGAGGACCUGUACCAGAUGGGAGGAGACUUUUUACUGGAUGAAGCAGGACACGUGCUUUUUUCGCACCCGUGCAAAAACCCCGAGGACAGGCCGACGGUGACGGACAUCCUGCAGGUGGCGGACGCCGCGGAGUGCUCAGCCGUCUCUGCGUUGAACCAACAGUACGUGGCCUUAAAGCUGUGACACGCGUGUGAACGUUUUGACGACACAGGGUGAAACACGUCACUGACACCACAGACGGAGAGCGGCUCUUCGUCUCACGUGAAUGAAGUCACGUCUUGCUCUCAUGACGCCAUGAAAAGACGUGAUCGAUGAAAAACCGUACGACGAGGACGUCUGCUCUUCUCUGUGGUGUCACUGUUGUGAUGGCAACUUUUUAGAUUGAGUAGAACUACUUGAUUGCAAUGUCCCUGAUUUAUAUCCAAAUUUAAAUACUUAUUCUACGUAAGUAUAAUUUUUCUCUAUAAAAAAGAUUCUGAUGAAGCAAAACUGUCUUUUUAACCUUUUAGCCCUUUUUAAUUAAUCACAAAAUGAAGCUGUAAACCUGUAG